GUUGUGACAUUGACGUCAUUUUGUCUUGUAAGACAUUUUGUAUAUGUUUAUCAUUAGUUUUAUAAAAAAACUUUUCCUGCAUUUAUUCAAAAUAAAUCUUGUAAAGAGUUUUUUUUAUAAGUACGUACGACUUUCUGUGAAAAGUUUUUUCUUUUUUUCAUCAUACAACAUGGCUUGAAGAAGACACAAAAUUUAAUUACAAGAUAAUAUUACUCUAAGAUCACGAAACAACGAAUAUAUACAUCAUUGUGAACGUAAACGUGCUUCAACAUGUAUGCUAUGGAAAGUUGUUUGCCCUAUGUUCUGACUGGUAGUAUUUUUUAUGGAUUUGGAAUAAAGUGGUGUUAUGAGUAUGCUAAGUUUUGGAUCUCAUUGAGACCAAAAAAGAAUGAAUCAAUGAGAAAGGGUAUUAGAUUUUGGAAAAAAUGUAAAAGAAUAUUUACAAAUCAUCCGAUAGAAGGUAGUCUUAAAUUAAUAGCUACUGCCAUAGGCUUGUCUGGUACUUUAACAAGCGGUUUAUCUGAUGUUGGAGUAGUAUCUCAUAAGGUCGUACACGCAACAAUGUAUCUCUUCUUUGCAUUUUCUGGUCUGGUUGAUGUUUUAAAUUUUUAUUUUCCUCAUAAUGUCAGUGAUGGUUUAGUUAAAAUGGCUUUAGCACAAAGCUUUUUUGUGGAAGGAUUUCUUUUCAUUUGGGCAAACGUCGAUGAAAAUUCAGCCGUUAAUAUAAUCUUAGCAGGUAUCGUAUGGACCACAUCUUUUGCUAUUACCUUAGAACUUGUGUGGCCAGAAAUCAAACUUUUAAGGGCUUGUACGACUCUUUUACAUGGUGGAUGGAUAUCACACAUGGUUCGUAUGUACCGUGUGGAACCUCUCUUACCAGCUAGAGUUGCUUUAGCAUUCUCUUGGCACGUAGCAGCUGCAUCUGCUAUAACAUUAUGUAUUGUUUGUAUUACAAGAAGCUGUGCACCUAAGUUAGUAGUAGAGGAACCACCCGAAAUACCGAUUUAUGAUUAUUGCCAAGAACCGGAUCAAAGAAUCUAAUUGGAUCAUUUAAAUGUGUAAUGAUUUUCAAUUUGAUAGAUUUAUGUCUUCAAUUAUCAGGUAGUGAGAUUUUUAUACGACAUAAUUAAAGAUAAAAUCAUACUAAGCGUAAUUAUACUUGUUAUUAUGCAUGAAAUAGUGUACGAUGUAGUACAAGUUAUUUCAGAACACAUUUUAUAAUAAUAGUAUUAAUACUAUAUUGCAAUAAUAUUAAUUAAUAUCUAUAUAAUACUCAAAAUAUUGAUCUAUAAUGAUACCAACUCAAAUAAGACUGUGCCUUAUGAUCUUGUUCGUUAUAUUUAUUAAUGUAUU